GUAAAAAUCCUUCUAAAUUUUCUGAUUCAAAAUUUUCAGUGAAGUUUACUUGUUAACUUAAAUAAAUAAUUACAAAACAUUUCAUCGUGGCGUUGGAAGAUCCAAUUGAAAGCUUGGGCUACGAGGUCACGAUCAUGCUCAAAUUCGCAUUUUUUGGUUUGAUUGGCAUCCUACUUGUUACCAUUUUGACUUGGAUCUCGUACUUGGACAGCUUCCACUUUCACCUGGGAUUUACGUCCUUCGUCUAUUUUGUGACAUGGUUGACUAGCUGCGAAAAUGACUGGGAGCUGAUGGGCGAUCGCUUGUCGCCGGGCAGUGAGGAAUCUCAAGCUGUCCGUAUCACGGUCGACAUCUUGAUGACACUGGCAUGCUGGGAUUACUUGGACCUUGGCGACAUUUUCUACGGAGUUGGCGAUAAGGACAACAACGUGGGUCAAGAUCACACCACUAAAUUUUGGCCAAUACUCUCCUGUGGAGAAUUUAUCACGGGAUCGUAUCUUGGAUGCCUUGCCCAUCUCGCUUUUUCCCGUGCCGUCACAAAUAUCGGGGUCGGUGUGGGAAUGUUGACAUCAAAGUUAUUGGAGAGAAAUAAUUUGAUCCCCAUGCGACAGCGACAAUCCCUCUUGGAUGAAAACAGUAAUUACACUGACCGUAAUUAAUCAAAAUUUCAAAGAUUUGUAUAUUAU